AUGCAAGCGGCGCACGGGUUCGUCGCGCACCACCCGUGGGCGGCGUCCGUCGGCGUCGCGAUCAACGUCGAGGCGACCGGCAGCGAGGGCCCGGACGUGAUGUUCCGAGAGACCGGGGGCUGGCCCGCGGAGGUGUACGUCUCGACCGCGCCGCGGCCGGUGACGACGCCGACGAUUCGAGAUUUGGUUCGGUUCGCGUCUCUGCCCGUGGACACCGACUUCAGCGUCUUCAGGGACCCCACGGAACCGCACGGCAACCUCCCUGGGAUCGACAUCGCGUCCAUGCUCGGCGGGUACACGUACCACACGUCCGUCGACGACGUGGACCGCGUCAAGCCAGGGAUGGUGCAGGCGUACGGAGAGAACGUGUUCGAGGCGACCAAGGCGUUCGCGACGAAAAUCUCGGAAAUCUCGGAAGGCAUCUCCGGAGGGGACGACGUUUCCGGAAACGAAUCGUCGUCGUCGCGCCGCAUCCCCGUCGGACCCGGGACCGGGUCCGCGCUGUUCGACGUCUUCGGCGCGUUCGGGGUCGUGUACGGGCCGAAGAAUAGGGUGUUACACGGCGUGUUACACGCCGUUCCGCUGCUCGCGUGUCUGGCGAGGACGACGCUCGGCGCGAAGAAGGAUCGCCGCUCGCGCGCGGCGCGAGGCGCGAAGACGACGAUCCGCGCGUGGGUCUCCGCGGUGGCGCUCCCCGCGGCGUGCGGCGCGUCCAGGGCGCUCGUCUCCGGCCGACCGCUGGUGUGGUUUGGGAAGCCGUUGCUCACGGCGGCGUUGUUCGCGCCCCCCGCGGCGGCCGGGUUACUGUACCCGUACGCGGACGCGAGGCGAAAAUCUCGCGUCGGGGUCCGCGCCGACGCCCCGCCGCUGUCCGUCGCGGACUGCGUCGACGGCGCGGCGCUCGUGUCUUCCGUCCUCGCCGCGGUCGUCGGCGCCGCGGGCGCGGCGAUGGGGUACGUCUGCGCGCUGUGGGCGUUCGGUCUGGUCCUCGCGGGCUCGCCGUGGGCGCGUUUGCGGCGCGGUUCGCGAACCGCGGCGGCGGCGACGACGGGUUUUUUCGCGUUCGCGUGUCUUCUCCCCGCGGCGGCGCUCUCCGCGCCGAUCGCGUACGUCACGUUCGUGCUCUUCAGCGAGAAGGUCGGCAUCCUCGGGUCGCACGUCUGGCCGAUCGGGCUCGCGGUCGGCGACGCGGUCAUGGGCGCGGGCGUCGGGACCGCGGCGGUGCUCCUCGCCGGGGGGUUCGCGCCGGCGAUUUCGUGUUCAGGGAAGACGGCGAGGACGACGGCGCGGCGGGUCGCGCUCGCGUGGGCGCUGACCGCGGUCGCGUCGUCGAUUGCGUGCUCGCCGUACAGCGCGCGCGCGCCGAAACGCCUCGCGAUCAUUCACAACCACGACGCGAACGGCGUGGACGGCGACGGUCUGCUGAGUGAGACGGCGGUCGAGUUCGUCGUCGGCGCGUUCGACUCGGUGCCGGCGGUGAACGCGUUGUCGCCGCUGGACCGGGACGGGGUGCGACGCGCGACGCGCGCGGAUGACUUUUUCGGGCUCUACCCGGUGUCGAACCUCCUCGGCGAGGGCGUCAUCUUGCCGUCGACGCGAGCGCGCGCGCCGCCGUGGGGAACGGACGCGUCCGCGCCGACGCUGACGAUCGCGAGAGUCGACAGGAGCACCGCCGGCGUCUCGAUCGAAGUCGUCUUCAACACGACGGCGCCGGCGUGGUCGUGCGCGCGCGUCUCCGGCCCGAUCGUCUCAUGGUCUCUCUCCCGCGCGCUCCCGGGCGACGGCGCGCGCGCGGCGUCGGCGUCGAAGAAGAAGAAGCACCGCGUUCUGUGGGCGCGUCACGCGGGCAACGGCGAGCGCGCGGCGGUGUGGCGAUGGACGAUGGACGUGGCGACGACGGCGGACGUCGACGACGUCGUGAUCGACGCGUGGGCGUUGUACCCGGGAGAGAGCGACGAGCUGUCCGGGAUCGUGGACGGGUUGACGCCGCACACGAGCGCGAUCUUGGGGACGAUGUACAAGGCGAAGACCGCGCGGGGGGGGCGAUGAGGAGGGGUCGACUGCGUAGUCUACCGUAUGAUAGUUACUUCCGACCUUCGUAGGAU